GGCUAGAGUAAGACAAAGAGUGAAGUCCCGAAGAGAGGCUGUGACGAGAAAGAGUGUGAUCUCGGGGAACUGGUUUUGGACAGCUGAGGGUCACCUGAAACAGCAGCACAAUGUCGAUGACCGAAUCUGAGGAGAUGGAAGAAGAACAUGGCCCUUAUUUAGGGGAAUAUGAAGGUGAGCGGAAUGCAGAAAAUAAGCGGCACGGACACGGCAAAGCGAUCCUGCCCAACGGGGACACGUAUGAAGGAUUGUAUGAGAACGGCAAACGGCACGGGCUGGGAACAUACAGGUUUAAGAAUGGAUCACGUUAUGUGGGAGAUUAUUCUCAGAACAAAAAACACGGCCAGGGAACCUUCUAUUAUCCAGAUGGGUCUAAGUAUGAAGGAAGUUGGGCAAAUGAUCAACGGCAUGGAGAAGGCAGUUACUUCUAUCCAAACGGCGAUUCCUACAGUGGGGAAUGGCUUGCUCACCAAAGACACGGUGAGGGGACCUAUCUGUAUGUCAUUACAGGAUCUAAAUACGUUGGAAACUGGGUUCAUGGAAAACAAGUGGAGGCUGGAGAGCUCAUUCACCUCAAUCACCGAUACCAGGGCAGUUUUCUGAAUAACAACCCGACGGGUCCAGGAAAAUACAUCUUUGACUUUGGAUGUGAGCAACAUGGUGAAUAUAUUCAGAUAGAACAGGACAAAACUGAAGAAGAGGUAGAGGAGGAAGAAGCUGUAACUAUGACUGUCCUGAAGUGGAAGGCAGAGAAGAUCACAGGAUUGACCAAGUAUUCACCAUCAUUUAAGACUGAAAUGACAAAGGAGGCAGAAGAGAAAGCUGCAGAAGAGGCAAAGGCUGCUGAAGAGGCAAAGGCUGCUGAAGAGGCAAAGGCUGCUGAAGAGGCAAAGGCUGCCGCAGCAGAUGUGCCGGAUACCGAAGCUCCUGAGACAGAGGGUGCUGCCCUAGCCGCACCGGACCCUGACGGAGAUGCCUCCAGCAUUUUAGGCCAAUCCACGGCGGAUGCCGAUGGGGCAGAAUCAGCUGUGGCAGAUAUUGCCGAGUUGGAGGCUCCGGCAGCCGAACCCGCUGAGACUGAGGCUGGUGGGGAUAUUACCAACGAGCCACUCGCUGAGGAUGACAACCCUGCCACGGAGGAAGCUGGUGAUGCAGUUGCAGAAACUGCUCCUGGGGAAGGCUGAAGAACGGGGCUGUGAAGAGGAAAUGGCUUACUUGUGCAGUGUGAGCUUCAUGGACCAGGCCAGCUAAAUCAUUCACACACUAGCUGGUAACACUGAACAAUUCACAACAGUUUAAAAAUUCAUAGAAAUAGAUUUGACUGAUUGUACUGGAGGUGGUUUAACACGUGCGGUAGAGUGGAAUCAAUAUCCCGUCCAAGUUAAUUUUCUGAAAAAUAAAUGUUGGUUGUAAAGGU